AAGAAUGCCGAGAAUGAGAGGCUGGCUGAGGAGCUGGAGCAGAAGUGUGCUGAAAAUGAGAAGCUGGCUGAGGAGCUGGAGCAAAUGUGUGCUGAGAAUGAGAAGCUGGCUGAGGAGCUGCAGCAGAAGUGUGCUGAAUAUGAGAAGCUGGCUGAGGAACUGCAGGAAAAAGCUGCCGAAAACGAUCGAGGACUCGGAGUGCUUGAGGAAAAGAAUGAAGAACUUGGAAAAUUGAAAGAUGAUGUUGAGAAGCUGGCUGAGGAGCUGGAGCAGAAGAAUGCCGAGAAUGAGAGGCUGGCUGAGGAGCUUGAGCAGAAGAAUGCGGAGAAUGAGAAGCUGGCUGAGGAGCUGGAGCAGAAG